AUGCCAACCAAAGCUAACAACAUCAACACAGACAGACAAUUCGUGAAGGUAGCUGCUGUGCGAGUAGGCUUGGGGCGGGCUAAAAAUUUACUUUGGGCUGUAAAAAUUAAAAGCGCCCCUGGCGGUAGCCCUGCUUCCACCCUCACUUCCUCGUCUCGCCUCUCGUUCAUGCUCGACGACGACCCCAUCGCACGACAAGUCGUCCAUCUCAUUUCCGUUCUCUGCGAUUCAGCCGCUGCCUCGCUCUCUGCUGACUUCGUCGCUAGGGUUUCCGACCACCUCUCUUCUGGUGCCUUGGCCUGGAGUCGCCGUCAUCUUUAUACGGUGUUUCCAACAUUCUCUCUUUGUUUGUCUGUGAAUUCUGGAACUGCUGUUGAGACUUAG